GAAGAUCAUCAUCAGGGUCGAUCUGACCUCGGCCCUGACAGAAGUACUGGCGGUAGCAGACGACCAUGGAUCUACUUCACCGUGAUAAUCUGCUGCUACGGAUUCUUCAAGGAGUUCAAGCCGUCGGAGGCCUUCCUUACUCCAUUCCUCGUCGACCCCAAGGGCAAGAACUUUACCAAAACCGAGAUCAAUUCGGAGAUCUACCCAUUCUGGCCUUACUCCUACCUCGUGGCUGCGUUAUUCGUGUUUCUAUUCACCGACUAUCUCCGCUACAAGCCCGUUAUCCUGCUGGAGGCGUUCGCCUAUCUCGCGACACGCUUCCUGCUCAUCUGGGGUACGUCUGUUUCUGCCAUGCAGUGGAUGCAGAUUGCUUACGGAGUCGCCUCGGCUGCUGAGGUGGCCUUCUUUGCCUACAUCUACCUGGCAGUCCCUGAUGUUCGUUUCAAAAUCGCGACUAGUGUUUUACGAGCAGUUCGCUUGCUCGGUCAGUCCGGGUCGUCUGCGGUGGCCCAGAUUGUCACUUCGACUGGCGUGGUCUCUCUCCUACAGCUGAACUAUAUCUCAUUCGGGAGUGUUCUGAUAUCCUGUGUGUUUGCUGUUCUCAUCCCCAAUCCCGUUUCCUUCGACUGCGAACCAGCUUGUUCUCGUGGUGUCAUCAGUAUAGUCCCCAAGCCAAGAACGACAGAGAGGAGAAAAAACUUGAGAAACUUUGUAGCGUUUGCAUGGAGAGACUUCCGUAAAUUCUACUCCAAUCCCUUUCUCUUGAAGUGGUCGGUUUGGUGGGCCUUCUCCAUGUGUGGAGUACUGCAGGUUGGAAACUAUGUCCAGAGUCUAUGGAAGGCAAUAGCCGAGGAGACCCACCAGUCUCAUGAAUAUAACGGACUGGUUGAGGCUGUGGCUCAGCUCUCCAGUGCUCUGGCUGCACUCGGGGUGACUGCUGUUAGGAUCAACUGGAGGCUGUGGGGAGAGUUGGUGAUUGGACUGCUGUGUUUCAUUGACGCCGUGUUGCUGCUCGUGGCAUCGCACUCCGACCAGCUCUGGAUAGCCUACCUCUGUCACGUUCUCUACCGGACCACCUACUCCUUCCUGAUCACCAUCGCAAGUGUCCAGUUGGCUUAUGCAGUUGAUCACGACAGCUACGGUCUCAUCUUUGGUUUCAACACAUUCCUGUCUCUCGUACUCAUGACAGGUUUAACCCUCACUGUGGCAGAUGAACAUGGACUUGAUCUCGAUAUCAGGACCCAGUUUGUGGUGUACAGCGGCUACUACUAUAUGCUGACACUGCUAUUCAUCGGAGCCGGUGUCUACAGCCUCACAACUACUGGUUGGCUCAACAGUCUUCGUCUCUGCUUCUCUGAGCUAAGGCCCCCAUCAUUAACUACUGAUAAUGACAACAAAGAUACCGUGGAAGAAGAACCAACUGAGACUACACCACUGAUACAGGACAUGGGGAGAUCAAUC